AUGCAUUAUCCUAUGCUCCUCGCUGCCCUUGCGGGCCUUGGCUCUGCUUCGCCCGCCGCCAUGGCUAUCGACUUUGAUGCCAUUCUGGCUGCCACCACCCCGGCCUUGACAGGCCCUGCUGUCACUGCUACUGGCCAGACCGGUGUUUACAAUGCCGCUGCCGCUGCCUCAGUCGCCUCCGCUGCUGUUACUGCCGUCGCCUCGGCCAGUGCUACUCAGUCUGUCCAGGCCCGUGACGUCGAGACUCAUGACGCCUUGGAGAAGCGGACUUUCUGUUUCUUUGGGUUCUGCUGGGGCGUCCCGAAGACGACUGCAAAGGCUGCCACCUCCACCAUCUGCACGACCUCGUCGUUGACUGUCGCAACCGCCACUCGCACCACAUCUUCUGCUGUGAUCACCACCCCUCCCGCCAUUACCACCGCUCCUUCUUCCUGCACGCCCAUCAGCUGGACCAACACUUUCGCCUUCACUACAGCCACCGACUGCGCUCAGCCGUUCGAGGUUGGCACUUUCUGUGGAUUCAUCAACCCUGAAGACCCUUGCGCUGUUCAGCCUGACGGAUACGGACCUCACGUUGUUCCCGACACCGUCGAAGCCUUCAAGGCCUAUGAGCCGUUCCACCAGAAUGCCUUGUCAGCCAAGGCACCUGAUGGAUAUGCUGCCACCUUCACCAACCUCGACGCCGCCGUCAGCGCCAACACCUACCUGGGUCUCUACACUCUCAAGAGCUACGAUGUUGCCGCAUGCGCCGCCCACUGCGACAGCACCGAGUUGUGCACCGGCAUCAACAUCUACGUCGAGCGUGACCCGUCCAUUAACCCUUGGAAGUGCUCUUGCCAGAACCCUGCCUCAAUCACCAACUACAAGUGCACCCUCUGGGGCUCCGGCGUCGACAAGGAUUCGGCCACCAACACCGGCCAGGGCAGAGACGACUUCCAGGUGGUCAUCACCGGCUCCAACGGCUAUGAGAAGACCAACAACACCAAGCCCUCCACCCCCUCCGGCUGGACCAACCCCCAGAGCUGCGGCACUGUCGUCCACGACCACCCCAGCACCUGCAUGGGCCAGAAGUUCUUCCCCGGUCCCUUCGACAUCAACGUUUGCGCUUCUUACGCUGCUUCCCAGAACUCCAAGAACUCCAAGUCUCUUGGUCUGUUCUCCUGGGCUUCUUGGUUCGGAUACAGCCCCCUGAAGUGCAACUUCUUCAACGCUUUCAUGAUCAAGGAGAACGGUGUCGCAAAGGGUACCUACUGCAACCUCUUCAGCCAGCAGUAUGCUCCUUCCGCCGCUUCCUACAAGCCUGCCUUCUCCGGCGGUAUCAAGUGGAGCGUCGAGAGCAGCUGGAGCUUCUGCUCUUCUUAA